UUUUUUUAAAAAUCGCUGAUUACGAGUAGCUUAACACAGCCAUUAUGUGAUUGGUUGAAUGUGACGUUACAUGRACUAAUUUGCGACAUUUUGCGUACCAACUUAAUCCUUCAAUUUGAUUGGUURGAUUGUCCAUAUCAUUAUCCUUAUCGUAYGAAAACGUGUUAUUUUCUGACGCAUUUUUUUCAACUUAUAAGGAACACUUUUAUGACGAACUUAUUCUAAAACAUCACCAGCAGAACGUACGGURAGUGAACARGAUGUUUGAUAAUUCUACUUUCAACUCUACUCAUCCUGAUAUUCUUGUUCCUUACUACGGCAAGAUACCAUGGACUGCGGCCUUUUCUCUUCAAUUUGUUYUGGCCAUGAUGGGAAACUUCCUUAUUGUGUGGAUAGUCUUUAGGGACAAUCGAUUAAGAACUACCACUAAUCACUUAAUAACCAACAUGGCGGUCAGUGAUAURWUUGCAGCUAUUUUUGCCUAUCCAGACGAAAUARUAUUCAUACACUUCGGCAGGCAAUGGCUGAUUGAUGGGGUCAUUGGUAAUGCACUGUGCAAGCUAGUUUUCUUUACUAUKGAUACGUCUUUCGCUGUUUCUGCAUAUAGCUGUGUUGUCAUCGCCGUUGACCGGUAUUUCGCCGUGGCUCAUCCAUUCAAGAGACCUUUCGAGGGCAAYAUGAAACAUGUCAUCGCAGUUAUUUGGAUUAUUUCAAUCGUAAUUGGUUCACCAUACUUAUUCAUUUUAUCAACUAUUCAAUUUGAUGACUUCUUGUACUGUGACGCUUCUUACGAUCAUCAGUCAUUAUUUUUACUURACAGUUACAUCAUWGAGGCCUUGACCGGUGUUUUGCCAGUCCUGUUCAUCACAAUCACCUACAUUUUAACCAUCUGCAAACUCUAUCAACACAAAAUAACCGGAUUAUCAACCACAGAACAAAGAAGAAGAYAACAACAGAAUAAAAAAGUCCUAAAACAUGCUYUGACAAUUGUGGUUUUGCUGUAUUUUUGUCGCGUUUGUCGUUUCACUUUAUUUAUGUUUGCUACUCAGGGAAAAUUGAGCAAUCUCUCGCUCUCAACMUUUCUGAAAGUACAUUUUUCCUCAGAUUUCAUUUUCUACUUUAAUCUAAUGUAUAAUUUCUUCAUCUACCUCAUCUUCAAUGAUAUUUARCGWGAGAAUAUCAAAGCUCUCGUACCCAAGUGUUGCUGUCGAUCRAAUCGUYCAGGCAGGKAAUARGAAGUGGAAGAACAUACCGCAAGCACAGAAUUYAAGGAAAGACAUCGAAAUGAACACUCAAUAAUUACAAAGUAAUGUAACGAAAAGAGAAAGAAAAAAUUGUAAAUUUAAGAGCUAUAUAUUGAUGUACAUUAAAGUGUGGUGUGUUUGUAAGUACACUCUAUAUCAGAUCUACCAAGAACUUAAAAAAGCAGGCGAUUCAUCCAUCUGUCAAGAUAGAGGUUCGCUUUGAGUGURGUGUUUUUGAUUGAACGAAUAAACCCAGUAUUAGUUUUAGAGACAGUCAGUAAAUUUUCAUGUAUUUUUUCAGUUAAUUAUAAGAUAGAGAGAGAAUAGUUAAAUAUGCAAUGGUUUCUUAGAUGCAAAAAUAAGUACAGUGUUAUACAUCGCCGCUUAAAAAAAUUGUUGACUAAUAAAAACAACAGAGCAGUCGAACAGUUUCCGCGCGCAACUUCACAGGAUAAUGACCUUCAACUGACUCUAUUUCUUAAAUAWUUCURAUCUUGUGGGCUUAGUGCAAUUUUCUGAAAUGCUUUUA